GUUUUUUAGGAUGUUAAUAAAAUAAUUUUAAUUAUCUUUUUGUAUGAAAUAAAAAUGUAUUGGAAAAAAUCCAAAAACGUUGAAGUGACGAGGCAACUUUUAGCUCUGCAAAAACGUUUGCAGGCAAGACGUUAUGAAGUUAUGAAGACUUUUCUUCAGUCGUUUGGCCUCCAGGUGGCGCCAUAACUCCAUGCAUUAAACAAGGUUGCAACUUUCCAGGAAACUCGGAUUCAACUAACUCUUGAGUCUGUGAACUCUGAGUUCUCUGGUUCCAGAGUGACUGAUAAAGGAGCCUCCAUAUAAAAUGACUCCAGUUACACUUAUCUGACUGCUCUAUUAUCUGGUUAUCUAUACCUUCAGAGGACAAGAAUCUGGACAGCAAUACAGAUAUUGACAUAUUUUAAUAGCAGUCAUUAAAAAUGGGACUGAUGGAAAUCAGCUUUUAGAUAAAUCCAGUAUAUUUAUAACAACAUUUUACAUUCAUUAAUGUGCUUUAUUUGAUUGAUUUAAAUAAAAUCAAUCAAUAUAUCUUGAGACAUUUCAGAGUCCAAUCAAGCUAUUCCAAGUGACUCUUAUGACAUAUUGGAGUAUAAAACAUAAGUAUUAUUAACCACUAAGAUAAAGAAUUUGACUAAAAUACAAUUGGCAACACUUUUAGAUACUAAAAAAGUAUCCAUAUUGGUAAGGUUACAUUAGUGUCAAUGACUAUCAGAAUUAUUUUUAAAAUGUUUUUAUUUAGAUGUAGAAAGUAUUCCUUUGGGGGUUGGAGGGUAAUCUCUUUCUCUCUUUUUUAAAUUAAAACUGAAAAUCAUGUUUGAUCUGACAUUUUAUUUGUAUAUGAGGUUCAUGCGCCUCUCGUUCUCCGUGAAUAUCUCCAUUGUUGUUGUGAAAAUGUUCGUGUUUCUUCCAUUCCAGUAGGUGGCGGUAAUGCAUUCUAUACCUUUCCUGCAAACCGCAAAUACAAAUCCAGAAGAAGAAAGUCAAACUUCCGUUUUGAGUCUUGCAUCUUGAAUCUUGAAUCUUGUAAAAGUAUCUUUAAGCCUCCUUCUCGUCUUACAUUGUUUGUAAGUUUUUCAGGGUUUUCAUUUUGUUUUUGCUGAAUUUUCCUCUUGGAUCAACCGAAGCUCCGAGUGUUUGCUGUUAGUUUAACCUACCAGCUGGAAGCACAUCAACCACUGAGGAGCACAGCAAAGAUGGCUUCCCAGUUUAAUGACGUCCAGCAGCUGAUGGGGAUCAAAGAGGAGGAGGCGUGGAGUCCAAGCCUGGACCAGGAGGACCAGAAGCCUCCACAGAUUAAAGAGGAGCAGGAGGAGAAAAAGAUCACAGAGAUACAAUUUAGUCCUGUUCCUGUGAAGAAUGAAGAUGAGGAAGAGAAACCUCAGCUGCCAGAACUGCAUCACAACCAGACUGAGAAGAACAUGGAGACUGUAAAACCCGAUCCAGAUGAAAGUUUAGAAUCACAUGAUGAAGAUGAAACUUCUCAUUCUUCUUCAGAGUUUUUAGAGACGGACGACGGUGAUGGAAACUGGGAGGAGAGCAGGGAAGCUCAGUCAGGUUUGGGGUCUGGGAAGAAAAACACCAAUCCAGUUGGCAAGAAAGGUAAAAAGUUACACUGCUGCUCCGAGUGUGGGAAGACGUUCAGCCGAAAACCAUAUUUGUUUGAACACAAAAGAAUACACACUGGAGAAAAACCCUUCAGUUGCUCCAUCUGUGACAAAAGCUUUACGUGGAAACAAUCUUUGACCCAACACAUAAAGAAGCACAGCGGAGAAAGACCUUUCAGUUGUUCCAUCUGUGACAAAACCUUUACAUGGAAUCAUGUUUUGUCACAACACGUUAAGACACACAGUGAAGAGAAACCUUUCAGCUGCUCCGUCUGUAGCAAUGGUUUUUUGACAAAAGUUUAUUUAAAAAAACACAUGGCAGUUCACACUCAGCAUAGACCUUUCAGAUGUUCUGUCUGUAACGCAGCUUUUAAAUGUAAGAAGGAUUUAGUGCGACAUAUGAGAAUUCACACUGGAGAGAAACCUUACAGCUGCUCCGUCUGUAAGGCGGCUUUCCAGAGGAGACACAUUUUAGUAGAACACACAAGAACCCACACUGGAGAGAAACCUUACAGCUGCUCUGUUUGUAAGAAAGCUUUCCUGAGAAGAUACACUUUAGUAGAACACACAAGAACCCACUCUGGAGAGAAACCUUACAUCUGCUCUGUUUGUAAGAGAGCUUUCAAGAGAAGACACACUUUAGUAGAACACACAAAAACCCACUCUGAAGAGAAACCUUACAGCUGCUUGGUCUGUAAGGCAACGUUCAAGUGGAAAACCACAUUCGUGAAGCAUAAAAGAAUCCAUAUGCCUGAAUAACCCUCCAGUUACACAAACUGCAGUUGAAGUUUCAGCCACUUUCACAAGCACCUUAAGGGUCUAUUCAAAGUAGGGCUGUAAAGAUUCAUCGAAUGAUUCAAGAUUCUUGAUAAUUAAAAUUCCUCAAGGCAAAUUA